ACCAAUGACAAAGACAUAUUCCAAUACCCAAACGGCCAAACUACCUAAUUUAUUUAACGUGGCCACCGUACUAUGCAUUUAUCUCAUGCGACAAAUGGCAAGUGGAUCUGCCCAACUUUUUAUGCAAUACAUAAAUAAAUAAGAAACUAAAAAUGAAUUCAUGAGUGAAUAUUAUUAAUUGACGACUGUCCUUCACUUUCUCACUCAAGAAAAACAUUCAACUUUCCGGCAAAUCUGAUCCUCCAAAUUUCCACCAUAAAUCUUGAAGAAUCUGUGUUGGGAGUUGAAAAGGUGGAAUUUUGAAGACGAAAAGAUUAAUGGCGAAGUGCUUCAGCUUCACAUCAUCAAGGAACCGGUGCUACCGGUGGUCCUUCUCCUCGGCCGGGCUGCGGUCCCUAACCGCCGACCUCGGCGACGGCACGGUGGUCCACAGCUGGGGACCGAAGACCCACAAUCCCAGCAAGCCCACCCUGGUCCUCAUACACGGCAUCGGCGCCAAUGCAAUGUGGCAGUGGAACGAGUUCGUGUCGCCGCUGUCGGCGCGGUUCAACGUGUACGUUCCCGACCUGGUCUUCUUCGGGGAGUCGUACACAUCGCGGCCGGAGCGGAGCGAGGCGUUCCAGGCGGAGUGCGUGUUCCGGGCCAUGGAGGCGGCGGGGGUGCGCGGGAGGAUGAGCGUGGUGGGGCUGAGCUACGGGGGGUUCGUGGCGUACAGCAUGGCGGCGCGGUUCCCGGAGGCGGUGGAGCGGGUGGUGAUCGGGUGCGCUGGGGUUUGCUUGGAGGAGAGGGAUAUGGAUGAGGGGCUGUUCAAGGUGAGGACUGUGGAUGAGGCCAUUCAGAUUUUGCUGGCGCAGACGCCCGACAAGUUGAGGGAGCUCAUGCGCCUCUCCUUUUAUAAGCCCGCCAAGAAUGUGCCUUCUUGCUUUCUCUCUGAUUUUAUCGAUGUGAUGUGUACAGAAAACCUUCAAGAACGGAAAGAGUUGAUCUACGCCUUGCAUAAGGAUAGAAAGCUCUCUGAUCUGCCUAAAAUCACUCAGCCGACGUUGAUAAUUUGGGGCGAACACGACCAGGUUUUCCCUCUAGAAUUGGCUCAUAGAUUAGUAAGGCACUUGGAAAACAAGGCAGAGCUGGUGAUCCUAAAGAAAGCAGGGCACGCAAUCAAUAUGGAGAAGACCAAGGAUCUAUACAAGCACUUGAAGUCGUUCCUCACUCACAGAAAUGGCAAGAGCAGCAAGCUUGAUUGAACAUUUUUUACAGUCCCAUACCCCUAAUGUGCAAAUAUAUAAGGAAUAUGGAGUAUAGAAGCAGAAUAUGCUAUGAAAUGUAGUGUCCUUCAUUUUAAUACUUUGGCUUUCAAAUAGUAUAUUACAAAUUUUAUAAACUUAAUACUUAUGAUUGAUGAAACUUAAACUUGGGCCCCAUCCCGAGCUUCAUAUA